AUGUCGGCCAUACUUCCCCCAGAGAUCUGGGGACACAUAUUCUCGCUCGCCUGUCGGGAUGGCGGGCAAACUGGGAGAAGCCUGAGCCUCGUCUCUCGUGACUUCCAUUCUUAUUCCGCGCGAGUCAAGUACCAGUCCAUCACUCUGACCACAUCGAGGGAGAUUCUUCGCUUUUCCACAUUACUCCCCCGACUCCAAGAGCAUCAGCGUCGCGUCAAGUUUCUCUUUGUUCAUUGCCCCAACAUCUACCUGGACGUUCCGGAAGACGAAGAUGACGAAGACUACGUACAAAGUCCUCAAAACUCAAUGUCAGCCUCUUCCUCAUCCUCAAGUACUGAUUCUAUGGAAUCGACACGUUCGACGAACGUAAUGGAGCUGGAUGAUUCAGACGACUCCCCGGAGGCUAUCGACAACGACGAAUACCGUGAAUUAAUCCAAGAGGCGGAUACCUUUCUGAACAACUCGGACGACGUGGAAAUGGCUGAAGACAACGACACUCAUACCUCCCAGUUUCACGAGGAAAUGAUCGCCGCGGACGAAAUCGUUACCGACGCCCUUCAUUCCAUCCUCAGUGCAAACGCUUCUACCCUCGAAAUCCUCUCCAUCCGCUGGACGUCCUUCCACCCUCGUUUAAUGGACCAGCUCUUUCCCCAGCUCCCGGUCCUGAAGGAACUAUGCUUGCUGCGAUCCUUUUCAGCCGAUGAAGCCAUCGAACCCGCCUCGAACGACCCCAUGCCGCCCCUUUUUCCGUCGCUCCGUCGCUUCCACAUAGGCGGCUAUGUUGAACAGAGAUCGCUGUCAUUCAGCCAGUCACUGGCGACCCUUACACCCAACUUGGAGUACCUCCGCAUACCCCAUUACUUCUUCCUACAUGACGGCAAUGAAGAUGAAGAACCGCCUCUAAGCAAGGUUUCCUUGAAGAAGCUCAUUCUCGAGCUACCCGCCCACGAUCCAACAGCUGAUAUUCCCACCAGCGCCAUUUGGUCUCACAACUCACUCCGCUUACACCUCUUCGGGCAGGGUCAUUCAUCCCCAAAGAUUGCAACUAAAGUCGAAUUGAUAAGUGGCACUGCUGUCAACGACGAUGUGGAUACAUGGGCCGGGCAAUGGUUAGAUCGAAUUUCGGGAGGGGAAGGGUGUUGGAAUCGAGUCCAUGAUCAGACAGGCCUCGAGUUUUCUCCAGGUCCUUGA